AUGAUGCACAACCUUAGGUGCCAAUUGGCAUUCUCCAACCACAUGUAUGUGUAUGUAGAAAGUGGGCAGGUCUUGCAAGGCCAUUCAGCACAAAACCCCGCUGGCAACGAUGUGAUUGGUAUUGACUUAUGUACCACAAACUCUUGUGUUGUUGUCAUGGAAGGAAAGAACCCAAAAGUUAUUGAGAAUGCUGAGGGUGCUCGGACCACUCCAUCAAUGGUUGCUUUUAGCCCAAAAGGAGAGCUACUCGUUGGUACACCAACAAAACGUCAGUCUAUCACCAAUCUGACAAACACGCUUUUUGGAAUGAAGCGUCUAAUUAGUAGACGUUUUGAUGAUCCUCAGACACAAAAGGAAAUGAAAAUGGUUCCUUUUAAAAUUUUCAGGGCACCAAAUGGAGAUGCUUUGGUUGAAGCCAAUGGGCAGCAGUACUCCCCAAGCCAAAUUGGAGCUUUUAUUCUGACUAAGAUGAAAGAAAGUGCAGAGGCCUAUCUUGGGAAGUCUGUAAACAAAGCCUUGGUCAUAGUUCCAGCUUAUUUUAAUGAUGCUCAAAGACAGGCUACCAAGGAUGCUGGGAGAAUUGCAGGCCUUGAUGUGCAGAGAAUUAUUAAUGAGCCUACGACUAUAUCAAAUGGUGUCUUUGAGGUGAAAGCCACCAAUGGUGACACAUUUUUGGGAGGAGAGGAUUUUGAUAAUGCACUGUUGGAAUUUUUGGUGAGCGAGUUCAAGAGAACUGAGGGAAUUGAUCUAGCAAAAGACAAGCUUGCUCUGCAGAGACUUCAAGAGGCGGCUGAGAAAGCAAAGAUAGAGCUUUCUUCAACGUCUCUGACUGAAAUCAACUUACCUUUUAUUACUGCCGAUGCAUCUGGGGCUAAGCAUUUGAAUAUAACAUUGAGUAGAUCAAAGUUUGAGGCUUUAGUGAAUCACUUGAUCGAGAGGACUAAGUCUCCUUGCAAGAAUUGUUUAAAGGAUGUUGGCAUUUCAACAAAUGAGGUUGAUGAAGUUCUCCUUGUUGGAGGAAUGACCCGUGUACCUAAAGUCCAGGAAAUUGUUUUAGAAAUCUUUGGUAAGUCGCCAAGUAAAGGUGUGAAUCUUGAUCAGGCAGUUGCCAUGGGAGUUGCCAUUCAGGGUGGUAUCCUCUGCAGCGAUGUGAAAGAGUUGCUUCUCCUCGAUGUUACUUAUCUAUAUCUUGGUAUUGAGAUACUAGGAGGCAUCUUUACCAGUUUGAUCAAUAGAAAUACCACCAUUCCCACAAAGAAAAGUCAAGACGAUGCGGACCAAAAAAUCCAUUACAAAUCCGAAUGGCAUCGCUACAACCUCAAACGCAAGGUUGCAGGUGUUCCUGGAGUAACUGAAUCACUUUUUCUAGCAAGACAAUCUGCUCUUGCAGAAGAGAAAAAGAAAUUAGAUGAAACCCCCUUGAUGUAUAGUUGUGGCCUUUGCGGGAAAGGAUACAGAAGUUCCAAAGCUCAUGCUCAGCAUCUACAAUCUAAAAGUCACUUGAUUCGGGCUUCCGAAGGAACAAGCAACAAUGAAGGGGCUACAAUAAUCAAGCCUCUAGUGCGUCGUGUUGCAAGAGAGUCUCCACAUCAUGUAGAGCAGGAAGUUGAAGAAAGUGAAGAGAGUGAAGAGAGUGAAUGGGAAGUGGUGGAUUCAGAGGAUGAAUUAGUUGGAGAAGCCGCUGAUUCUUUGACACAAUUAAAAGUAAAGGAGCACAACUCAAAUGAUGCUAUGGAUGAGGAUGGCAUAGACGAUGAUGAUGAAUUGUUGGAUGCGUCCUGUUGCUUCAUGUGUGAUUUACAACACGAUACAAUAGAGAGCUGCACGGUUCACAUGCACAAACAGCACGGGUUUUUCAUUCCAGAUGUUGAGUAUCUGAAGGAUCCUCGUGGGCUUCUAACAUAUCUUGGACUUAAGGUCAAGAGAGAUUUUAUGUGUUUAUACUGCAACGACAGAUGUCAUCCUUUCAGUAGCUUAGAGGCAGUUCGGAAGCAUAUGGAGGCAAAAAGUCAUUGCAAGGUGCAUUAUGGGGAUGGUAGUGAAGAUGAAGAAGCAGAAUUGGAGGAAUUUUAUGAUUACAGUAGCAGUUACGUGGAUACAGAUGGGAAGCAGCUAAUUGCAGUCAAUGAUACGAGCAACACUGUUGAACUUGGUAGUGGUGGCUCUGAGCUCGUUAUAACCAGAAGAAAUGAUGGUGCAAUAUCAACCAGAAUGCUUGGAUCAAGGGAGUAUUUAAGAUACUACCGUCAGAAACCGCGUCCAACACCUGCAAAUAAUACUGCAAUCACUGCUGCACUAGCCUCAAGGUAUAAGAGCAUGGGCUUGGCAACUGUCCAGUCGAGGGAGCACAUGGUUAGGUUGAAAGUAAUGAAGGCGAUGACUAAAUCUGGGGUCGAGGCUAUGCGCUCUAAGAUUGGUAUGAAGAGUAACGUUAUCCGCAACCUUCCCAAUAAUGUACCAUAUUAG